UUUUUUUUUUUUUUUCCAGUUAUACAGUUUUUUUUAUAUAUUAAAAUGUCACUUUCUAUUAAUACAAAAGGUACAGCAGCCAAAAUUGUUUCUGAGAAAGUAUUACAUAAAAGGUACAUUACAGUAUGGAAUCGAACAACAGAAUUUAAUGAUGGACGUGUCAUCGAUUGGGAUGUUGUUGGUCAUGAUACCUCUUAUCCUACUUUUAUUGUCGUUUUUACUUUUAAUACAAAGACUAAAACUACAACUCUAUUGAAGGAAUACGCUCAAGGAACGAAUGAAAUUAAAUAUACUUGUGUAGCUGGCUCAUAUGAUAGAAGAAAACACACAAGUGUCUUAGAAGCUGCUCAACAUGAAUUAUCAGAAGAAUCUUAUUUAAAGGGAGGAGAAUGGAUUAAUUUACUACCGAAAGAUUAUACAGAUGACGGUAUUAGUGAACUCAAGUGGGGUAAAAAUCGCUUUAUUCCUUUUCUUUGUUUAGAUCCUAUUCAAGAUGAUUCACCAAGAGAAAGAGAUCCAGAAGAAUGCAUUGAAGUUAUUCAUCAUGUAUCUAUUCAAGACUUGAAACGUUUUAUUACAAGAGCAGAAAUGAUGUUACCUUCUGUUCAAACAGCUUGGAUGGCACUUGAAUAUUUAAAGGAACAUGGAUUUUAUUAACUUGUCUUUUUUAUAAAAGUGAAUAUUUCAUUUGGCUUGGUUAAUUUUACAAGCUUAACUAAUCGUUCAUGAUCCUAAAAUAAUAAUCAUAGUAAUUCAAUAAAACUAGAACUAGACUCACAUUCAUAAUACAUACCUUCUUUAAAUUAUUUAAUUCC